AUGUGUGACAUUUCGGUUGCUAAAUGCAUAAUCAGUGAGCCUCGGAAUAUCAAUCAUAAGUAUUAUCAGUCAGGGGAUGUUAUAAUAGCUGACAUUUGUUCGCAGAGCUACGUGUUUCCCAACACUCUCUAUUUUGAAAGGCAUCCUUCUUCUGAAGACCUUUAUGAGCUCAUAUAUUUGACUCAGACCUACCAGCAUGUCCUGGCUUUUCUAUUUGCUGUGAAGGAGAUCAACGAAGAUACUCAGAUGUUGCGCAACAUCUCCUUGGGUUUCAGUAUUUAUAAUGACUACUUCAGUGGAAGCUUAACUUAUCUUGCUUCUCUGGAGCUCCUCUCCACAUGGGACCACUUCAUUCCAAACUAUAAAUGUGAUGCCCGAAGUACUAAUGUGGCUGUGAUUGGAGGACCCGACUCCGAGGCAUGUCUUUUAAUGGCCACCAUUCUGAGCAUCUAUAAGAUACCGCAGCUUGGAUAUGGUUCUUCUCCUAUGAUUAAUGAUCAAUCUGAACAAUUCCACAUCCAAUGGAUGUUCCCAAAUGUAAACCAGCAAUAUGUGGGGAUUCUCCAGUUGCUCAUGCUUUUUUCAUGGACCUGGAUUGGAGUCAUUUAUAUACAGGAUGACAGUAGCCACGGAUUCAUGCAGAAUGAACUUCCCAAGUUAUCUGCAGGAGGUAUCUGCUUUGACUUUAUCAAGCCAUUCCCAAAUGUGUACUUCAAAACGGGCAUUCAGAAAAUGAUAGAGGCCUGGUUUAAACUAUACCUCUUGAUCAGUGACAGCACAGCCAGUGUUGUGUUCCUACAUGGCAAAUUUCACACUACAAUCUUCUUGAGAAUGUUUCCCAGAAUUUUGGAACUUGAAAAUGUACAAAUGAAGAGGGCCAAAGUUUGGAUGCUGACCGCACAGAUGGAUUUCACUUCUCUUCCCUUUCAACAAUCUUGGGAUAUAGAUAUCCUUCAUGGUUCCUUGGCCUUUGCAACUCAGUCAAAAGAACUGGUGGGUUUCCAACAUUUUCUUCAGAUGAGAAACCCCAAUGUGGAGACCAGAGAUGGCUUUAUUAAGGAUUUUUGGGCACAGGCAUUUGAUUGUUCCUUUCCAACUUCCUUGGAAGAGGAGAAGGCUUGGAAUCAUUGCACUGGGGAAGAGAAGCUAGAAGCUCUUCCUAAAUCUGUUUUUGACAUGAGCAUAACUGCCCCUAGCUACAGUGUCUACAAUGCAGUUUAUGCUGUAGCCCACGCAUUGCGAUACAUGACUUCCUUAAAGUUCAAGCACAGAACUAUGUCUGGAAAAGGACAAAAGAAACUCCUGAAUCAACAGCUGUGGCAGGCUCAGCCUCUGUCAUUGUGCAAUGAACCCUGCCAUAAAGGUCACAGCAGGAGCAAGAAGGAAGGGAAGCCAUUUUGUUGUUACGAUUGCCUUCCAUGCCCAAGAGGAAAAGUUUCAGAUCAAAUAGAUGUGGAUUCUUGUUACCAGUGUCCAGAGGAUCACUAUGCCAGCCAAGCCCAGGAUCGCUGCAUUCUAAAAGAGAUCAGCUUCCUAUCUUUCCAAGAUCCUUUGGGAUUCAUUUUAGCCAUUGUUGCUGUUUUAUUUUCCUUCAUCACGGCUCUGGUUCUCACAAUCUUCAUUCACCACAAGGACACUCCUAUAGUCAAGGCCAACAACCGAGGCCUCAGCUACACCCUCCUGAUCUCCCUUCUGCUUUCCUUUCUCUGCCCUUUGCUUUUCAUUGGUCGGCCUCAGAGAGCAACUUGUCUCCUUCGCCAAACUGCUUUUGGCAUCAUUUUCUCUGUGGCGGUUUCUUGUAUGGUGGCCAAAACCCUCACUGUGGUCCUCGCUUUCAUGGCCACCAGGCCAGGUUCUAAAAUGAGGUCAUGGGUAGGAAACAGGCUAGCCAUCUUUAUGGUGUUUUCCUGCUCCUCCAUUCAAACCACUCUUUGUACAGUAUGGUUGCUGAGCUCUGCUCCUUUUCCAGAUCUUGACAUGCACUCUCUGCCUACAGAAAUGGUCCUGGAAUGCAAUGAAGGCUCCACUGCCAUGUUCUACGCUGUCCUGGGUUUCGUUGGCCUCUUGGCCGUGAUCAGCUUUACAGUGGCUUUCCUUGGCAGGAAUCUCCCAGACAGUUUCAACAAAGCCAAAUUUAUCACCCUCAGCAUGCUUCUCUUUUGCAGCGUCUGGAUCUCAUUUGUCCCAGCCUAUCAAAGCACCAAAGGGAAAUACACGGUGGCUGUGGAGAUCUUCUCCAUCUUAGCCUCAAGUGCUGGAUUACUGACCCUCAUUUUCUCCCCCAAAGUUUACAUCAUCUUGAUAAGACCUGAGCUGAAUAACAGGCAACAACUUAUGAGAAAAACUGUCAUAAAGUGA